GGCGCCCAGGACUAGCUUUGGAGUCUUGGACAUAUCCAAGCCAUCCGCGAAGAGGCAUCCACAUCCUCUCUUUACCGAACAUGUCCUUUUUAAUUGCCCUUUGCCCCUGAUUUCCCAACCUCUGGCCUAGCCAAAAUCAAUCACCACUUUCAACAGAGAAUCUGACUCUCUCAGAGUCGACGGGACUGUCUAUUGGUCUAUUUCGCCACCUGGUUCCAGUUGGUCCCAGGCCUUUCUGCUGGCUUCGGGCAAACACUAGCCAUCAUUAGUCACAAGCCUCAGCCGCGUUCAAACGCGCGGUCCUCCAGUGCCAACAGAAGACUAUCCUGCUCUAUCAGACCCAUCAACUCCUCCGUCGACUCAUCCCGUCGCGCUGUCAAUCGACUCACACCGGCAGCCUAGUUCCGCGACCCCUAGCAAGAUCCACUCUGGGCUGGUCACUUCCUCCAGGAAGCAACAUAUCUCGCGAACUUUUUCCCAGCCAUCUGGAUUCUUUCUCUUUCCCCUCUUCACUGCACACUUGCACGUCACGCGCAACAGCGGACGAACAUCAGCUACUCCAUAUCUUCGACAAGAUUGAGUCGCAAGGCUCAAUUUCAGGACCCCAAAACCAACCAACGGCGAAGCCAUCCACGCUAUGAUAUUAAGCCAGUUCAACAUCCUCCGAACCUACCUUAUUUCUCGACACACCGCUGAAGCAUAUCAACCAGACAUAGAUCCGGACCGGGGGGAAGACUGUUGCGGACAGGGGCAGGAGUGAGGAGUGACGCCCACCAGCACAACAUACAGUCAAGAUGAGUUACCAUUACGGUGUACCGCCGCCACAUUAUACCAAGUACUACGGGGUAUCCUCGCCGUACAGCAGCGGAGAGUAUGUUCACUACGCGCCGCAAUACGACACGACUCCGAAAAAACACGUUCGAAAGACCAGCUACAAUCCUUCGCCCAGAGUCGGAGGCUGGUUUUCACCUGCGGGUUCGCCACCACCACCUUAUGAAUCUGGCGUCCAGUAUGCGGUACCGCGGGAUGAUAUCUAUGUGAGUGAGGCAACAGGCAAGGGCCGCAAGCCCGAGGGCUACUUCGACACAUUUCCUACCUCAAGAUAUCACACCCGCUCCUCGUCGCGCAAGCAGAAUCAGCCCAUCUACAUCUAUGACGAUGAAGCUGAAUAUGCAGGAUUGCAGCCUACAUACAUCUACCGAGAACCAUCAAAAUCGAAGCCAAAGCAUGCGAGGAAGCCAAGCACUGACACCUACUUUUACUACGGGCAGGAACAGAUCAUAGAUGAGCAACCAAGACGAUCCAGGACUCGACGCGCUUCGACCGCCAGCAAGACAUCGCCAAAGUCCAAGUCCAAAUCGCAGCCUACACCUGCGCCACAGGCAAGCGAAGAAGACGCCGCUAGAGCCGGUAUACCUGCUGGGUACUCGAUCAAACACUGGGACCCUACAGAGUUGCCCAUCAUCCUGCUUGGAAGUGUCUUCGACGCCAAUUCCUUGGGCAAAUGGAUCUACGAUUGGACAGUGUUUCACCAUGGCGCAUCGACACCCAUGGCCGACAUGGCGGGCGAACUGUGGCUACUUCUUAUCAAACUUGCGGGCAAGAUGAAGAGAGCCGAAGAAUGCGUUGAUCGCAUUCGCAACCACGACAAGCGCGAAACCGUCGAGGAUUUCCUUGUCAGUGGCCACCGCUUGUGGGACAAGUUCAAAGGUCUUCUCAAAGACUCGGAACAUUUCAUGCUCAAGGCUGCUAAGCGCGACGCCACAAAGACCAUGGGCAAGAAAGCAGGCACCGAGUUUGUCGACUCGAUCUUCGGGCGCGAUCGCUACCUCGAGUCGACCGAGAGGAUCAUGAACCAGAUCAGACUCUGGAACAUGCGGUUCGACGUCAACUGCGAGGACGCGCUGCGUAGGCCUUCUGCUGCCUAGACAAGGCGACUACUCAUUGCGCGUGCACUGCGAUUUCCAGGAAAAGAGAUCGUCCAUUGGUGGCAAAAAAAGGAGAAACGACUUCGCCACACUUAUACACAUCAACAACGUUUAUCCCUCAGUCUUUUAUGAGGUGUCAUUGGCGCACAAAAUCAGGCAGCCUGUAACAACAUUCCAUCUUGUUUAUUUGGCGAGGAUGGAUGGUUAUGAGUCAUUCAUUUUCAGCAACAUGUUCUAUGAAGAGUAUAUCAUUCGUGAAAGGCAUUAUGGCGAAUCGAGGAAAUGGGCACUCAACCAAAAGGAGGAACUUUAACCUCAUGAAGCCAUGAAAGGACGAAACAUCAUGACAGACGAUCUUGUACUCUACGCAUCUGGUACGGCCGUCUGCAUCUUGCGUUGUUCUCUGGUGGAGGGAUUUUGGCGUUCUGUCUUCGGGCCUUUCUUUUUCUGAAUCUUCUUGCGAGAUACCCCCUCAAUUUGUUGUACCAGACUGGCUUGCAUUUGGUCUGGAAUGUCUUGUUCUGUAUACCAUUUUCCUGUGGCAUUGAGCGUGGGAUUUGUAUCUGGGGGAUUUUGUCUACAUGGUGAUAAAAUUGUCCGCGAGGACUAAUUGGGCCCGCAUGUUUUGGAGUCGAUGGGAAGGUCUCUUGAGUACCAGGCUUCUCUUGUUCUCGAGGACUCACGGACCGGGGAUCUAUGGAGCACCAGGAACUAUUCUAAACUAGAUACCUCUCAUGGAAUGAACUAAUACAUAAUUGCUUUCUGCUACAAA